GGUAGAUGAAGCUAGUCUAACCAGCCUAACCCGAGGAUUAAUUGUAAGCGUAUUAAUUAUGGGAUAUGUGCGCACAAACCACUGGAUGUAGAUUGUAAAAAUAUGACUGCAAUGCCGCAGUAAGCUGAUCACAUGAUUGUUGUAGCUAGAGUGUCUCGGACUAACUCUAGUCACACCAAGCGCGCGCGCUAGAGGUCCUCGCCAGCCAGCGAAGGUCGCCAUAUCUGAACAGCCGAGUGAACCUCGUCAUCCUGGGUUGACAACACUGGGGCUGCGGGACUAUUGCUAACACCGACAGUCAGCAGGAACAUCCUACACACUGCUUAUCAUUCUUACAAGUGACAUUUAUACUCAGCCAGCAGGUCAGCCACUCGUGACCGACAGCCUCUGGGAGCGACACUGACUUUACUGUCUCACACUAGGGCGAGGCUUGCAGGAAUCAAUCAUUGUCACCUUGACGCUGGGUGCUGGCGGUUGGGGGUUAAAGACGCUCAUCCUGUCUGCUCACCCUUCAUAAUAUGGCGACUCACCUGCUUGAAGCAUCCCUGUCGACCCCGACACCUGGCAAAAGCCGCCAGAAGAGAAAGUGGAAUGACCUUGACCCGCAGGUGGCCAAAGGUGAGCUGGAAUCAGCUAGCCCAGAGAAAACAGAGCGAAGACGCGAACAGAAGAGGAGACAUGCGCAGAAGAAGAGGGAACAGGAAAAGAAAAGAAAACACUCUCUGGAAGAAGAGAACACGCGAUUAAAGACAGAGAACGAGAAGCUGAGCAGAAUCACUGAAAAAUUGCGAUUCGUGGCUAAUAUCCUGCAAGGAGUAGCCAAUCACGCGAGGGAGUCCUGCAAUAAGAUGCCAACACCGGAAAUUCCAUCAUCUGACAUGGAGCAGAGAAAUGUGCCCUCCACAUCCCACCAAAGCCGAGUGGAUCAGUCUCCAGCAUCAACCUCUGGGCCAACCCACGACACCUCAAAGAUGGUGGCACCACCUCCACCAGCCUCGUGGCAGAAGUUGAACGAGGCAGUUCUUCAACCGAAGUUCAACUUCCCGUUUGAAGAUGGUGAAGACGAAGAACUGGGCAGCGACCCCGAGUUGUUGUCAGCCCUCCCCUCCCUGUCUGGCUUUGAGUACGGCAAGACUCUGCUGGACGACUUCAUGUCCGAGUGCGCCUCGUCAGACUGUAACUCCAUGAGGCUGACAGUCUUUCCUGAAGAUGGUGCUACAGGUGCCAGCUAGCACAGGUCAUGUUCUUGCCCGCAGGAUGGCACAGGCAGAGGUCACAGGUUAGCAAAGGUCGCUAGUCUGUCCCACGAGCGAACAGCAAGGUUGCUAGGAAUCAGGCUGGCUAGCCAAGGAGCGAAAGUCAGCCUCGACAGUGACACUUUGAACUGUUUAUGGAAUGUAGUGUCCGUGACUGUACUAAAGGAUAAAUAACUAGAUUGAAAGUUUGUUUGUACAUAAUAUUUCGUUUAGUCGCUGUUAUUUCGCUUACGUGGGUUCACAUGUUGCGUGGGAAUAAUGAUGGCGGUUGAGAUCAUUAUAUAAACUCUACAGCAAUCAUUGGAGCACCACCUUCUCCUUGAGGAGCUUCACCAAGCAGUUUUUUUUUUAUUUAGGCACUUCUCGUUGUUGUUUAAUAUUUUAAAAGAUGUGUAUGAGGGUUUUAUCGUAGGAGCUGUUACUAUGUCUAUAAUUUAUCAUUAUAUUUAAUUGUGUGUUAUUGGUGAGCGACAUUAAGGUUGAUAAUGCUUGUAUUUAUAUCGGGUGGUUUUAGGUGACAGAGGAAUAUACCUGUAUGUGGUUUACAAUUUCCUGGUGAAGGUGUAUCACAGCUUUGUUUGCUAUUUGUAGAGUUCUUGAUUUCUUCGGUGCAAGGACUUCACGGUAACUGAGUCUGAGAAGACUACAGAAAAAAAACAACAACAACGAGAAAGUCCGUCACUUUAAAAAGGCAAAGGAGGUGAGAGGUGGUGGGACGAGGAAGAAUACAAAUCCUGUGUUCAUGUACAUAUAGGCAUGCGAUUGUUUCCCUUUUAUACAAACUUACCACGUGUAUGUGCACCCGCCUUCUGUUUGGACUAGCAUUAGCUAAUAAGAUUGCUUCUAAGUCUCAUCGAUCAACUUUUCCGUCGUAUCAUCUAUGCUCCAUGUAUCUACCAUAUCAAAAUGUAAAUUUUUUUAAAAAUUAAUCAUUCAAGUUACAGGCAGCGGACUGCAAUGAUGGAUUCGUAAGACAUGUUUCACCUCAGGUUCUUCGUUUGUCCCUUAGGUACAUGCAGAAGCGCAAUUCCCUGGGAAAACCCAUUCACCCUGCACGUCCACCCUUUGAUCCACCCGGUGCAGAAAAAUAGUAACGUCCCCUGAGGGCGGUAACCUGAUCGUGACGUCAGGGGGCGCUCAAGGCGGUAUCCGCAUUCCACUGUUGUUGUUAUUCGCUCAUUCCGAAACAUGUUAAGAUUGAAAGAUCUCUCCUCUUGAGGUUCGAGUUAAUAUCAGAGUUGUUUUGUUUUGGCUUUUAAUGGUCGGGUGGUGUGGGCGUGGGCGGGGACUAUAAAAGCACCCGGUAGUUACAAUUUGUUACACUGUAAAUACAUAAAUCACAGUCAGGAGGUUGAGGUCAAUGCAAUCAGAGGACACCUCGCAUUCGUUGUGUUUGCGCGUGCAGUGAAGCAUAAUAUUAUCAGGGCUCGUGGUCCGACAGUUCAAAAUGUCCGACGUUGAUGACAUUGGGUUAUUGUCUGUAGGACACGGCGACACGGUUUCAGCAUGAACACAUUGGGCAUUUAUACUGAUAUUUAAAUCGGUUUUCAUUCACGAUAUUUUUUUAAAUAUUUAUUUCUACGAGACCAUCACAAGUAUUUAGAACAGCUACAACAUGUUCACGAGUACUUUUAAAGAUGAAAAUCUUUCAAGUGCUCGAAAACAGUUAUAAUGCUUUCAUGAUGAGCCAGUCUGUACAAAAUCUGGCUUAGCUGAAAAAAGAUGUCUGAUUAUGUCAUGAGAUUACAGUGCCUACUACCUACAUAAGCUAAUAAAACGAUAGUUUUCACUAAUACGCUUCUUUGAAUGUUUCUUGAUCAUUUUUUGGUGCAAUAAAGGUAGCAGCACUA